AUGUCGACGGGCCUUUCAGUGCGAGACAAGCUCCUUGCGGGCGUCGCUUUCAACCUUGCUGGAGGACGACAGUUGAUGCAGCAGCAGCAGCACCCGCAGAUGGAACAGGCGCCUCAUAACAGGUACCAGAUGUAUGGUCCGGUGGCCAGCUUGCAGCAAUCCAUCGACGAGGCAUUCCGUGUGGAUCCAAGCAUCCGCGAGAAGCUGGAAGACGCUCCGGAUGCAGAGACGACCAUCACCCUGAGGGAGGAUGUGGAGGCCGAUCUCUUGGAGAUGACCUUGGCUCAGCGGAGGAAGAUUCUGACGGAGCAUUUCUGCCAAAGAGUGGAUCAGAGAGCGGAUAUGAGUCGACGCCUACAGGCCAUUAUGAGAAUGCACAACGAUAAUCCCUUUGCCCCCAACGUCGAGAACCCAGUCGAGGAAGGCCAAGGCGAAGCGUUGCGCCUGUUUCUGCGCUCUGCAUGCCGUGAUAACGGCUAUCGAAAGCUCGAGAUGGAUCUUUGCGGGUUCAUGAGCAUCUCCGUUGAGAACGACAUGACCGGCGAACCCCUCGGAUCGGUGCCUCCUGAGCCGACCGUGGAUUGUGCAGAUAAUCCGUGUCUGAGAUCGGAUGGCGGAACCCUGACGCUGUUUGAGACGGACGUGCAUGACCAGUUUGGCCGGACCACCACUUGGUUGUGGUGGAAGAUCUGUAAGCCACUGGAGAGCCACGAGCCGAGCGACCACCACCAUCCCGCGCCAGAUGUGGAAGUCCUGGAAGAGUCCUGGCAGAUGGACGCUAUCCCUGGCGUCGAGACGACUGGCGACUACAUGAUGCAAUGCGCGAUACCCUGGCGCAUGCGCGGCGAGGACAAGGCCAUCACCCGGCGGAGGAAGGGCGUGGCAUACCGGUACAGCCGGGAUGGCGUUCCCUGUCUGGCCAUGUCGAGGAAGACGGGAGAGCUCAAGGACGCGUGGUGGGGGUUCCGGGACCACGAGGUUGACGUUGUGUCGUGGCAGCUGACGGAGCGAGACAUGUCGACCAAUAGUUGUCUCGUGCAUGGGCUUUCGGCGGUCGAUGCCGAGUGGGUGCAUGUGCCGCCGGAGCAGCAGCAGCAGCCGCAGCAGCAGCAGCAGCAGCAGCAGCAGGAGCAGGGAGAGCCCAGGAAGAGGCCAGCGGAGGGGACGCAGAGGCCUCGGGGGCCGAAGAGGGCGGGUGGUGAGCUGAGGCCGUCGGGACUGAGGAACGAAGUGCGCGAGGAAGACUGCUAG